AUGAGUUCCCCUCCACCUGCCUCUAGAGGAUCAUUGAGAAUGAAGAACUCCACAAUAAAAGCAGCUACAGAGACGGUGAAGAAGCUGCUUGAACAGAAGCGCCAACAGCACAACACAAACCAAAUCUCCGCUCCCCUGGUUGAGUACAGUCAGGAAUCAGGUGCCGUUAGUACGUCAUUUGUUCACCACAGCCCCGUCCAGCAGGAGGAUGAGCCCCAUGUCUUCCAAAGACCCACCACGCACUAUGCUUACCCCCCGCCGGAGGACUUGUACGGACCCGGUGCAAUGUACAGCCAUGACGGCAGAUGGGAUGAGAUUGGAAGGACUGAAGCUCAAGCUCUGGAGCCAGACUUAGGGGCUGUUUCGGCCGCACACGCUCCCUAUUUGCCCACCUUUCCCCACGAUCCCUCCUGGUUGGCGCUGGUGCCGUGCUCGGUUGCAGCAGCAGACACCUACUCGAGGGUUCCCGGCUCUGUGGUGACGGAACUGAUGGCACAGGACUUGGAGGAAGCCAGACUUAAGCUUCAGAACCUCAGCCCUGAUCAUCUUCUGCAGCAGGACGGAGACGGAGACACGUGGCUGCACCUCUACGCCGCGAGAGGGCUGAGGAGUCUGGCUUAUGCCGCAGCUGAACGCUACCUGCAGUAUGGCAAGCUGGACCUGAAGGAGCAUAAUGGGAAGACUCCGCUCCUGGUGGCCGUCACAGCCAACCAGCCUGAGAUCGUCUAUGACCUGAUCAGGCUGGGCGCUGAUGUCAGUGCUGCGGACUGCAAGGGGCAGACGGCCCUCCAUGUUGCUGCAACCUACGGCUUGUCCGAUGUCCUCAGAGUCUUCCUGGCUCUGCCGCAUCAGAAGAACCUCGACCUAGAGGCCACAAAUUAUGAUGGUCUGACUCCGCUUCAUUGUGCAGUGAUAGCUCAGAAUAAUGCCUACAAGAACAGCCAGAACACCCCGAGCGCCCAGCAGCAUGAGAGAGAGACCCUGUCAUGUGUCCAGCUCCUGCUCCAGAUGGGGGCCAACCUCACCAGUCAGGAAAUUAAAAGCAACAAGACGGUGCUCCACCUAGCCGUCCAGGCCGGGAACAUCCCCCUUGUGACCUUCUUCCUCCAGAUGCCCCACAUCGAUCUGGCCAUGUUCAUCAACAUGAAGGCUCAUGGGAACACGGCAUUGCACAUGGCUGCUGCGUUGCCUCCUAACCGUUCCACCGAGUACCUGAUCCAACGUCUGCUCUUCAAUGGAGGCGAUCCGAGCGUGCGCAAUCUGGAGAAUGACCAACCGGCCCACCUGGUGCCCCCGGGGGAGUUGUCGGAACAAAUCAAACUUUUGUUGAAAAAGAGACGAGGGACCUCAUCAAGCCGCAGCCACUCAGCAGCUUCCUCAUAG